AUGGCCUCCGAACUGGCCUCAAUAGUCCAAUCCGCACACAUCGAACACAACCCCUCCAUCGAGCACGACCUAAACCCAUCUACCGCAGCAUCCGAAAAAUUCCCUGCGGAAGUCAUACACCAUGACGAAGACCUCGAAGACGACCACGACUCCUCCACCAACACCUCAACUACAUCCACCAUCCCUUCAGACAUCAUCCGUCCCACGCCACGACCACCACGCGCUCGAACCGGCCAAUUACCACUUCCAGAUCUGAGAUUCGAACAGACGUAUCUCGCGAGUAUCAAGAAUGCUGAAACGAAUGCGCAAGUGGCUUAUAUCACGAUAAGGGAUCAGGUGCUGUUGCCGCUGGUGCAGGGGAUUGGAUAUCAUUUGCUGAUAUCGGGGUGGAGGUAUUGGAAUCGGGGGAGUAAGUUUGCUGGGGAGAGUUUGGGGGCGAAGGUUAGGAAGUGGUGGUGGGGUGUUAAUAAUUGGACGAUGCCGAGGGAGGUGAGUAGGAGUGAGCGAAGAGGAUGA